AGGGGCGCGGGCAAGUCUGGUCGGGCGGAGGGGCUCAGUGGAGAAGAGGUGGGUGAGGAGGGGAGAGCCGUGCAGCAGAGGGCAGCAGCGGGAGAGGUGCCCCAGAUACCGACACUCUUUGCUUCUCAGAUUUGAAUUUCACCUUGCCUGGCUAGCAGGCUUCUCUGCCUCUGAGGAAGCAGCCCUUGGGGCCCAGAGCUGCCCAGGAUGAUCAGAGGACUUUUGUCCGUGUGUCCCUCCCCCCCCCAAUGAACAGUUUCCAUUGGCUGUAGCAGCAAAAGAGGCUGCUUUGGCUGCCUUGUCUCGCUGAAGGGCAGGGGUUUUCAAACGUCCUGAAGUCACUGGAUCCUUUCGUGUUGCUGCUUCUGCUGCAGAACCCGCCACUCCUGUCCUUUCCUACCCCUGUCCUACAAAGGAUGUGGCAAAGUUAGGAUACAGAGGUGGGGCACAAAGGUGAUAAAGGGUUUGGAAAGCAAGUCCCACGGAAGAGCUAGGCACUUGCAGCUUGAGGAAAAGAUGGGAUAUGAUAGCAAUCUUCAAAUACUUGAAAGGGUGCCAUAAAGAAGAGGGGUGCCAUUCUCUCUGGCUGCAGAGUUGAGGAUGCAGAUCAAUGGCUGGAAGUUGCAGCAAAGUAUGUUUAGUUUGGAUAUUUGGAAAAAAACUUCUUUACUGUUAAAAGAGCGAGGCAGAGGAGUAGACUGACUAGGGAAGUUGUGAACUCUGUCACUGAAGAUGUUCAAAAAGAGGUUGGGCAGCCACUGAUCAGGUAUAGCUAUGCUUAUGUAUUCUGUGGGUACAUGUUUUCUGGCUUCUAGGUUACUCUUGCUCCACCCCUUUCUGCUACACGUGUCAGGGUGUUUUUAAGCCUCCUUCAUUGGGUGUUGGCUACAGCCAAGGCUGGGGAAUUUGACACCCAUUGGUCCUGCUGGGACCAAAGCUGGAUGAUUCUGGCUAGAGGAUCUUGCCCCUCUGCUCGAGUUCAGACCAUUCUUUCCUGACACCCCCCCCUCCCCCCAUAUUUGGGAUCAGGAAGGAAUUGUACCCCAUGGUUAGAUUGGUAUGGACUGUUGGCCCUCUACCCAGGGUCUCAUAGAAGCAGGAUAUUCGUUCCUCUACUUUAUACCUGUGGCAGGUUAGGGUGUUAGAUCUGUGUUGUGUCAGGGUUUACGCAGUCUUAUGUGGAGUUUAGAUUAUUGUUUGUAUGGGAUCAUAUGGAUAGGGAUGAUCCUGCUUCAGGAAGGGGGUUGGACUAGAUGGCCCUGGAGGGCCCUUCCAGCCUUGCUUCUCUGUGAUUCUAAAAAGCUGAUAUGGAGCCUGGAAAUCUGGCAGUGAUGACGUGCUGCUUCUGCUAUUGCCCCCAGUUUCUUUGGGGAAGCUCUGAUGACGUGUUGUGGAACCCCAGGGUUCCAGGGAAUGCAGUUUGAAAGGCACUGGCUUAGUGUAAAAACAGACGUUGCCAAACAACGAAGUGGAUCAGCUGUGGCUGGCAUGUCCCACCACAGCCGAUCCACUUUAUUUGAUGAAACAUACCACUCCUUGUUGUGCAUCAGGCAAAGGCCUGAUGAGAGACAAAAGGCAGCACAUUCCUCUUGCCUGUAAAUUUUCUGCACCUGCUUGCCAGGACCUAUACUGACCUAUGAUUCCCACACAACCAUGGGGUGGCAUGGGACCUGGAGAAACCCAAGGGCCCUGUGCCUCCCUACUGAUCCAUGCCUCUGCAUGAAGCAUGGGUUGACACGGGUCCUAGCAAGGAAGCACAGGGCAUCAUGGGACCUAGGGAAUUUGCUCAGCACAGUUCCUGGUGUGGAGGCAUGGGGCACUGGGGAUUCCCCAGGUCCCAUGCUGCUGUGUGAGUCCCAACAUGGAGGCACAGAGCUCCAGGAAUUCCCUAGGUCCCUUGCUUCCACACCAGGACCUACACAGACUUUACCCACUUAAGGAAAAGUGCCCCAUGAGAUCUCAAGGCAGGUCUCCAUAAGCAGGAAACCCCAACUUUCCCUGCUUAGAGAGAUGCCCUAGGAUUCCCUAGGAUGUCUCCGUAAGCAAAGAAAGCUGGGCAGGUGCUUCCUGAGGGGGCUGAUUUCUGUGUGGGAAAUCCUGAGGUGUGCAAGAUGGGGGCCUUUCAAGCCCAUGGCAUACCUGCCCAGGGUGGCUGGAGAGUUUGGGCAUCUUCAGGCUUCCCGCACUCUCCCACCACAGGGCAAAUAGAUGUGCAGUUCAAUAAAACAACUCUUUUAUGCUACUUUUUGUUGUGGAUACGCAUGCGGUGCAACAAAAGGUAUGGAUUGUCUACUUUGUCACUGUUUGUGCUUCCAUAAAAGAUGUUUAUAACAGCACACAUGCCACAUCAGGCGACAUUCUAUCCUUAGAUACCAAGUAUCUCUUAAUAAAAUUCCAUGUUACGAGCAGGUACCAGUCUGCAGUGAAUGAAUCCUACCAUGGAGUCCCACACAGUUCAAAGAUGGUGUCAGGACCAAGCAUUGUCUCCUUUCCAGUUUCCUUUAUUUGAGCCCUUCCUUGAAAUGAGAUUCUGCUGUCCCAUGGCCCCAGUUUCUGAAAGUGUAUUUUCAGUCUCCUCAGCCCUUUCCUCCCCUUCCUCCUCCCCACCCUUGUCUAUGGGUACUUUGGGCCAGAUUCUGUUCCACCUCAGUUGUAACUAGUGAUUUCUGCACCCUAGGUGGAUAUGCAGGAACAUGAUGUGUGGUGGGAGCAGUAAGGGGUGGGGGGGGGGCUGCGGGGCAUCAGAGAAUCUUACUUGGCCCCAGGGCUGCCAGCGUGGCAUGGUCUUCCAUCAUGCAGGGGUGCAGACUUCCUGAAUGGGGGCUGCUAUUUUGGCACCCUCUCUAAAUUGGUGCCUGCAGCUAGUGCCCCACUCACCCAUUCCUAGUUACACUACUCUUAGGUGUCUAAUUGAGCCCAUAUUCCAUCCUGCUCAAGUCCCUAAAAAUUGGUUAAGGUAUCUGUUUUUAAAAUGUGCUGUCAACUCGGCUUUAAAAUUGUUGCAAAGAAAGGGAUGACCCACCCACUCUUUGUGUUAAUGUCUUCUUAGAUUUGAGUAGGGUUGAAUAGGAUUACAUUUAGGUGCCUAGGAGCUAAACCUUUGUCUUCCAGUGCAACUGUAUUGGGAGCAAUGUAGCAUGGAAACAAGGAAGAUAGGCUUAACAAAUUAGUUUUUUAAUAAGUAAUUUUACGUGUAAGUUUUUUAAUAAGUAAUUUUACGUGUAAGAAAACGUGCCAUUAAUGGGCACGAUUAAUGCAAAAACAAAUUAACGCGUUAAUUUUUUUAACGCACGUCUAAUUGCUGCUGCCGGGCCAUGUGCGCUGGGGGAAAGUGGCCCCUCCUCCUCGCUGCUGCCAGGCUGCAUACACCCAUACACACACACGAGGCCAGCAUGCAGCCAGGCAGGGUCGUGGGAGCAGACUCAGCAGCUGGAUGCAGGUGGAAAUCAUGACAGUUCUACUCUGUUCUUAUGGCACUGAGUGAAUAAAUAUCAGAAGGACGUAAUGGAGCAAAGCAGCAAAAGUUUGGGUGUUUUGAACGGGAAAUUUAUUUAUAGAAAACUUGUGGAUGGUUCUCUGGAUAAAAGGACGGUUAUUUGUAGCUAUUGCAAGGCUGAAUUCCAAUAUCAUCGAAGUACCACAAGUCUGAAGUACCACCUACGCGCUAAACAUGCUUUCGCCACCGUUCCUCUUGCUACAGAUAACCCAAUGACAGCAAUGAAUCCUGUGAGCUGCGACAGAGUACGCUUACUGUGUUUCAGAAUCGCUACAAGCCCACAGAUCAAACAAAGUACAACAACUUAACCAAUGCUAUUGCAAAAUGGAUAGCUAUGGACUGCAGACCACUCAACAUUGUAAAUGACAGAGGACUAAUAGAGGUUAUUCAAAUUGCGUCUUCCAACCAGUCAUACACCCUGCCCUCCCAAGGAACCAUUGCAUCACGAAUACGUGACUUGUAUCACAGAGAGAAGACUACUAAGUUAGAGCUGCUGAAAAAUGCACAAGCUGUUGCUUUGACUGGUGAUCACUGGACAUCCUUGAGCAAUCACAGCUAUCUUGAAGUCACAGCACACCUGAUUGAUGCUGCGUGGAGACUGCAGUCAUUUGCUUUAACAGCAAUGUAUACUGAAGAGAGACAUUAUGCUGAAGCAUGUGCAGAGCGUUUCUUGGAUGUUACAAAAGAAUGGAAUAUUCAAGAAAAGGUAACAACAAUUAGUACUGAUCGUGCAAGCAAUAUGAUAGCAGCAACCAGUCGUUUGCCUUUUGAACACAUGACAUGCAUCGCUCACAGUCUUCAGCGAUCCAUCACAGUAGCGCUCCGUGCUGGUGGUUUUGAAAACAUGCUGCUAAAAUGUAGAAAAAUUCUGGGCUGUUUCAAACACAGUCUAGCUAACAGUGCAGAGCUAAAAACACAACAACCUGCAAAUGGACAGAAACAAGAAACUCUUGGACAAGAUAUUUCUGCCAGAUGGGACUCUACAUUGGGUAUGGUUCAGCGCCUGCUUAGAAAUAAAGCCACUAUCACGACCAUGUUAGCUCUUGAAAAGCACAAUCUAUCCGUGCUGACAGGUAGUGAUUUUGGAAAACUGCAAAAGCUAGAAACACUACUUGAGCCCUGCAGAUUUGUGACUGAGCUCCUUGGAGGAGAAUUAUAUGUCUCCUGCUCUGUGAUUUUACGCGCACUCUGCCAUGUAUGUCGUGUUAUGGCAGUCUCUGAUGACGACCCAGCAUAUGUUGCUCGAUUUAAGAACACUUUCACUUCCGAUUUAACAAAACGCAAAGAGGGUACCAAUAUGAGAUUUCUAAAAAUAGCUACAGUGCUUGACCCAAGGUUUAAGAAUCUGAAGUGCCUUCCAAAAUCUGAGAGGGAUGAGGUGUGGAACAUGCUGUCAGAAGUCUUAAAAGAGCAGCACUCAGACGCGGAACCUACAGAACCCGAACCACCGCAAAAGAAAAUCAGCCUUUUGUUGGUGGCAUCUGACUCGGAUGAUGAAAAUGAAGGUGUGCCAGUCCGCACUGCUUUGGAUCGUUACAAAGCAGAACCCAUCAUCCCCAUGGAGGCAUGUCCUCUGGAAUGGUGGUCGAAGCAUGAAGGGGCUUAUGAAAGUUUAGCAUAUUUGGCACGUAAAUACCUUGCAACACCAGCUACAGCAGUGCCAUGCGAACGACUGUUCUCACUUUCAGGUGACAUUGUAAAUAAGAAGCGUGCAGCAUUAUCUCCUGAGAAUGUAAACCAACUUGUCUGUCUAAGUGAUUGGCUGAAAUGCAGCAAGGUUCAUUGAAAAAUACUAUUUCUUUUGUUUACCACUUUUACAGUGCAAUUAUUUGUAAUAAAAAAUGAUAAUAUAAAGAACACAGAAGCUUGCUCUUGAAGAUGUGUAGUACGGUGCAAGCUGUAACUGACCACAGAAAAAUGGACAUGUUGCAGAUACUGCGUAAAACCUCAGAGCGUUUAGAGUGUGAUCAUUGCAGUUUUAAAGGGACAGACUAUGAAAACAUACAAAUUCAUAUGGGUACCAUCCACCCUGAGUAUUGUGAUGAAAUGGAUGCUGCUGGUUUAGGCAAACUUAUAUUUUAUCAAAAAAGUGCAAAACUGUUCCAUUGCCACAAGUGUUUUUUCACCAGCAAGAUGUAUUGCAAUGUUUAUUAUCACAUCACAGCACAACAUGCAGUGCCUGAGAAGUGGAACGAAGAACAGAAAGAUCAGGUAGAAGCAGAGUCAGAAUCCCCGAAAACAACUGUCACACUGGAGCCACAGAAAUCUGCUGUCUCCUCUGAACCACACAAGCCUGACCUUUCUCCUGGACCUCCAAAGUCUGAACCUGUUGUUCCCCCCAAGCUUCAGAAAACAUCUACGUCCCCAGAGCCUCCAAAGCCUGCCCCAGCAGCUUCCCCAGAGCCUCCAAAGCCUGCCCCAGCAGCUUCCCCAGAGCCUCCGAAGCCUGCUCCAGCAGCUUCCCCAGAGCCUCUGAAGCCUGCCCCAGCUGUGUCUCCAGAGCCAAAGAAACCUGCUCCAGCUGCAUCUCCAGAGCCAAAGAAGCCUGUCCCCUCCUUGUCCCCUGAACUGAAGAAACCUGCUCCCUCUGUGUCCCCAGAACUGAAGAAACCUGCCCCAACUGGAUCCCCUGAGCCACCGAAGCCUUCCCCAGCUGGGUCCCCAGAGCCACAGAAGUCUGCUGUGACUGUGUCCCCGGAGCCGCGCAGGCAUUCUCCGGCCGUGUCCCCGGAGCCGCGCAGGCAUUCUCCGGCCGUGUCUCCGGAGCCGCGCAGGCAUUCUCCGGCCGUGUCCCCGGAGCCACGAAGGCAUUCUCCGGCCGUGUCCCCGGAGCCGCGAAGGCAUGCCCCAGCGCCAAAGAAACCUGCCCCAGCUGUGUCCCCUGAACCACGAAGGUAUGCCCCAGCUGUGUCCCCUGAGCCAAGGAGACAUGUUACUCAGAUGCGAAGGCCAGCUCCUACUGCUUCCCCUGAGCCACGGAGGCCUGCUUCCUCAGGUUCUCCAGAGCCAUGGGGACCUGCUCCCACAGUUUCUCCUGAGCCUUGGAGAUCUACCCCAGUUAUUCCACAUGAGCUGCAGAAAUCUUCCCCCAGUGUUUCACCUUGGGCCUCAAAAUCUGCCCUGGCUCCACCCAUAGAACCCCGCAGGUCUGGCCCAGAGCCCCGAAGGCCAGGCCCUGUUGUGUCGCCAGAGCCCCGACGGCCAGGCCCUGUUGUGUCCCCAGAACCUCGGAGGCUUGUUCCUGACCCUUGGAAAUCUACAUCCUUCUCGGAGUCUCAGAAAUCUCUUGUAUCUUCUGAGCCAUGGAAACCCAUCUCAUCUGUUUACCCAGAAGGUUGGAAACCUGUUCUUUCCCCUGAUACAUGGAAGCCUUCUCCCCCUGUUUCACCUGAGCUCCGAAAGCCUAGUCACGCUGUUUCCUCUGAAGUUUGGAAACCUUCCUUCUUUUCUGAGAUCCGCAAACCUGGUCCCUCUGUUUCUCCUGAGCCUUGGAAACAUACCGAGUCCCGGAAGUCUACUUUCUUCCCUGAGACUCAGAAGUCUGCUCCUGCUGUUUCCCCUGAGGUACAGAAACGGGCCCACUUCCCUGAACCUCGUAAACGAGCUCUCUUUCCCGAGUCUCGAAAAUCUGUUCCUGCUGUUUCGUCUGAGGUGCAGAAACGUUCUUUCUUCACUGAACCUCAGACACAGGUGUCUGCUGGUUCCUCUGAAAUACAGAAACAUGCUGUCUUUGCUGAGGCCCAGAAACCUGCUCCUGUUUCUCCUGAAAUCCAGAAGUCUGCCUUUUUCCCAGAGCCUCAGAAACUUUCUGCUGUUUCCUCUGAAGCCCAAGAACAUACCUGUUUCCCAGAGCCUCAGAAAUCUGCUCCUGUUGCUUCUCCAGAGAGCCAGAAACAUGCCCUCUUCGUGGAGUGCCAGAAACCUGUGUCUACUCUUUCGUCUGAGACCCAGAAGCAAGCUCUUUUUGCUGAUUCUCAGAAAUCUGCUCCUGCUGUUUCCCCUGAGACCCAGAAGCAUGCCCUUUCCACUGAACCCCAUAAACCUGCUCCUGUUGUUUCCUCUGAGGUACAGAAGCCUCCUCUGUCUAUCGAACCCCUCAAACCUACCCCUGCUGUUUCCUCUGAGGUCCAGAAAAAUGCUGUCUUCCCUGAUCUCCAUAAACCUGCUCCAUCUGUUCCCUCUGAGCCUCAAUCACCUAGUGAGUCUGGUGAAAGUGACUUCUUAUCUCAGAAUUUAGAAGAUCAAAAACCACUGGAUGAUCUGGUGCCUCAAGAAGAGCAGCCAGUCUUAAAUAAGGAGCCUCCAGAAGAUGCAUUGUAUUCAUGUCCAAAGAAGAAGCUCAAGAAGGAGAAUCAGGAGAACUCUGAUUCUGAACUAAAUAGUAGUGAAUGUGCAAAAACAGAGAUGGAGAUGGAUUCAGCGGAGGUAAAGGAACAAGAAUCCAACAGUGAUCAAGAACAAUUUGAUGCAGAAUCAUCUGAAUACAGCAAAGAGAGCAAAACAGAACCAGCUACUCCCAUUCAGCCACAGUGUGUACUGCAGUUUACAGAAGAGAAGGAAGCUUUCAUUUCAGAGGAAGAAAUAGCAAAAUAUAUGAAGCGUGGAAAGGGAAAGUAUUAUUGCAAAAUUUGUUGCUGUCGUGCAAUGAAAAAAGGUGCUGUUUUGCAUCAUUUAGUGAACAAGCAUAAUGUUCAAAGUCCAUAUAAAUGUAAAAUAUGUGGGAAAGCUUUUCUUUUGGAGUCUCUCCUUAAAAACCAUGUUGCUGCUCAUGGUCAGAGUUUGCUUAAAUGUCCACGUUGUAAUUUUGAAUCGAGUUUUCCCCGAGGUUUUAAGAAACAUUUAACCCAUUGCCAAAGCCGUCAUAGUGAAGAGGCAAAUAAAAAACAUUUGGACAGCCUUGAACCAGUUGAGGAGCAAAUUUGAUGUGUUUUUUUCUUGUACCAGAGAGGUUUAAUUUACUGAAAUAUUAAAAAUGUUGCUCUGUGUUAGUCAGCUAAGUAGUUUAGCUGUUUUGACUAGUCAUGCAUGGUUUAUUGUAUUACGUUUAACUUGUCUUAUACCUGUAUUACUGAAAGGAUUUACUUUUCAAAUGUUUUUAAAAUAAAUAUCCAUGUCUGUGUAUUAAUCACUGGUAAAUUCGUACUUUGUUAUCUAGAAGUGCUACAUUUCUGAAACCAAAACAGAUGAAACUUAGUUUUGUAAUUGUUAAGAACAUGGAGGCAGUAGAGUCAAGGUGUGGCAAGCAGCCCAUAUGUUACUGUGAAAACUGGACAAAAUUUUUCACAUCUGUUAGAUGUCUUAUUUUUCAAAAUGUGGAGCAUGCUUUCAGAGUUUUGAAGCCUCACCAAAUUGAAUGUGAAUGAGUAAGGCAUGAGAGACUGACAUUGUUUUUUUGAGAAAUUAUGCUCUGACCUUGUAAUUGAGUAUAUAGCCAUUUGUUGGAAAUUUACUGUACUCACCUCUGGAUUACAUGUCUAAGAUCUGAAAAUGUCAAGGUACUUUUUUGUGUUGAUGUAUUUUGAUCAUGUUUUUAAGCAUGUACUAAUAGACUUUAUAUUGACGGAGUGUAAUAUCAGAUUGGCUGUAUAUAUAACGAGAAUUCUUGAGUUGACUCUGAUGUUAUACCAGAAAAAACUGAUUUUCUUGUAUCUGGUGAAAUGUUACACUUAAUACUUUUAACAAUAAAAGGGAAACCUUGACAUUG